GAUUUUAAUUUGGCCUGGCCUUUGCACUAAGUACAUUUGCAGGUAGACAGGUUACCUGCAGAUAAACAGGUUAUCUGAUAUGUUUACGAGUAUCUGCAAAGCUUUUUUAGCCCAUUUCCCAUUUGACCUUUCAACUGACAAUGACGUAAUGUUGUUACGAGCCAGUGUGACACCUGUUUGUAUUCAUGUCAGGCACAAAAUGUUAACAGGGACAUCGGUACCUGUGGAUACAAGGAAACCUUCCUUUAACACAGCAUAACUUCACCAUGUUGAGGAUCUGUGAGAAACUUCGUGUGGCGGACGCGAAGGGCAGGAGGUACGGACUAGCCCGUGCGGAGACAGGCUACCUCCGUGCCCUGGUGGACGCCGUGGCUGACAAGGACAGGCUGGCGGAAGUGGAGUUGCUCAAAAGUCUGGGCGACGUUACCCUAGAGAAGGGAAGACUCAAGAGGGAUGUAGGGAAAUUCAACAUGGCCUUGGCGCUUUAUGUGGCUGAUAUUGUCCGGUGUCGCCAUCGGGAUCAGGGGGAAGGUAUAGAACACCGAUACGAGUACGCUGAGAGACUUUUACAAGGGGUGACGUCGAAGGGGUCACAGGGUAAGGAACAACAAACUGAAGACAAGGAGACGACUACACCUGCAAAGGUGGCUGGGAAAUUUCAAAACCUGGACAAGAAACUGGCUACCGGUGGUAACACAGACACUGUGUUGGUUGGAUACGCACAAUUAAUGGUAGUGGGAAUAGUAAACGACAACAACAUGUUAGAAACAGAAGCGAUCAAAAGCCUCGGUGACGUGUAUCUGAAAAGAGGAACAGAAACUGGAGACACUAGAAACUUGACCAGAGGUACUGCUCUGUACAACACAGCACUGACAAGGUGUAACAACGUUCAGGCAACAGUCGCCAUUGUCCAUCGCUUACUGUACACAGCAAAAAUUAGGCAGCUCAUCACAACAAAAAACAUAAAGUCAACUCCAACACAACGACAACAUAGCGUGAGAGGAAGGAAGGACCACACCUCUCCAUUCUCAACUGCACCCUCAAGUGACAGCACUAAUGACGGAAUGCGCCGUCUACACAAUAUUGCCCCGGAACUACAGAAAGCUGAAACCCCGACAAGACUUCACGACGACAAUGUAUACGAAGAACAUCUACAAGAUGGCUGCAGGGCCUUGCAGACUGGAGACCUGGACAAAGCAGAACAAAGUUUCGCAGCUGCGCUCAAGUCUGUUCAUGUACAAGGUCAACACAAAAAGGAGGCAGAGCCCCUGCACAAGUUGGGCAAGGUCUAUCUAAAGAGAGGAAUCCAAUCAAAGGACGGAGGCGAUUUCACCAAGGCAGCAGCACUCUGUAAUGCAGCUCUGUGAACGUUACACACCAGAGCGUCAGAGUCUUUCCACAACUCUUCGAGGGCUGAUGGCGUCCAUGAACUCACACUCAGCAAACAAGGC